AUGCCUCAAAUAUUGUUGCUGUUAUUGGCGACUCUUGCGGCAGCAACGGUUGUUUCUGUUGUCGACCACGUCACUCAAAUCUACUUGUCUAUGCCACUUUACCAUCGAAUGCGCGAGAUUUACUUAAUUGGAAAAAUCCGAGAACUACUAAUACAAAUUAAGUACAAAUUAGAAAAGCUUAAUCCAUCAAGGCUAGAACAGCUGGAUUCGAACCACCGUGACGAGCUGCACCGAUGCUCGAAAAUGGCAAAUACAGUGCCAGAUCAUGCUAAAUGUGUGGUGAAAGUGUUGGACAGAACCAAGCACAUGAAGCGGAUUCGGAUAGUUAAAAACAAACAAACCAAUCAAAUCAAGCAUAAACCGGUAAAGAUAGCUGUGGAAUCAACGAACAGCAAACCUUUUGUGGAAGCAAGGAAUCGCGAGUGGGUUGGAGGAUUCAGGAUGAGUAGGUCAAAGAGGGAGUCCGGACAGGUUAUUAACCGUCAGUCAUACGAUAUUACCACGGCAGACGAUGAGACUCUUUUCUCCAAGGUAGCCCGACAGAUGACAAAAACUAUGAGGAAACUCAAGGAUAAACCAGGCACCGAAGGUUGGCGCUCAGCUAUUCAACGAAUCAAAAACGUUGGUGCCGAAGCACGUGAGCAGAAGAAUCGGCGUAAAGAGCUGAAGAAAAGAUUACGUCAGAUGAUUGACAACACUCCUGACGAAUUCCAAGAUCCACGAAAACCGUUAGCAAUGAAGGAGAUGAAUUUGCAAGACGACCAUCUUGCCAAACAGAAGAAAUUGACCAAGAAGAAACGUGAAGAAAUCCGAAUUCCCAUGAGAAUAGUACGGGAGUCGAUCAAGAUGGCUCUGAUGGCUACCGGCAGAAAUGUCACGAACUUUGAUAAGAAGACGCUGAAACUUAUUUCGCCACGUUUCUUGAGCUUGGUACCGGAACAGGACGACAAUGACUUGUUUAACCUCCUCUCUCCGUCCCUAUUCUCACUACAUCAAGACGGUGGAGAACUUGAAAAAGUCAUGUCUCUGCCGCACAUAUUGAAAGAAUUACCAAAUAAAGACCAGGAAGCGUGGCUGGACUUUAUAGUGGAAGCGGCAGGCGUCACAGAUGCAGUAAACAAAGCAGAAGAUAUGCAAAAAGAAGCUCGAGACCGAGAAAUGCGUGGAAAAGACGGCGUACCUCUUUACUUCACGAAAAAGAACGUUACCGACAUAUUUGGCGAUGUUGAAAAACGAAAGAUAAACACAUUUGAAGCUCUUGAUAAAAGCUACACUCACGAACAAAAGGACGAUUUGGACAAACAGGGUUAUGCGUUCUUAGAUGCUAAACAACUGGACUUAGUCUACGGAGGUGAUUCUCCCUACAAAAAAACGGAUUCGUUGCGAAUGUUCAAGAAAAUGCGUCGUUUAAGAGACGAUCCGGACCAUUUUGUAGAGCAGGAUAUUCGUGCACUGGCAGAAGCGAAGAAAUUCCGUGUCCGCCAAAAGGAUAUCGUGUCAUCGCCGUUCAUCAUGACACCACUGACAUUCGCUUCCGCUCCUCUUUCGAACACCUUUAUAGUUCUUUCGCCGUUAGUUCUGUCGCCUAUCACUCUCUCACCAGCAGUACUAGGACCGAUCAUCCUGUCACCGUGGGUGUUUAUUCCCCUAGUUCUCUCACCUCGUGUCUUAUCUCCACUUAUUGUCAAUCCGCUCAUAUUCUCACCAAUCAUUUUGUCGCCACUUGUCUUGCAUCCUUUAAUUCUUGUUCCUGGUGUGUUCAACCCCAUUGUACUUUCACCUCUCGUGCUUUCACCUUUCAUCCUUUCGCCUCAGGUCUUCACACCAGUAAUACUCUCGCCGAUGGUUCUCAAUCCACUUAUUCUGACACCUAUGGCAGGGUCUCCUCUUAUUCUUUCACCGUUCGUGCUUUCUCCGAUAAUCUACUCACCACAGUUCCUCUUUGCAGUCGUACUUUCUCCAUAUGCGCUUUCGCCUUUGAUAGAAUCGAAGCUCAUCGCAUCCGAAGUGGUUCUGUCACCCAGCUGGCUUUCCUAA